AUGACCUCUGAAGCCUUCGAACUGAAAGGCCUCUCUAAACAAGUCAGCAAUGACUUCAUCAGAGGCGCUAGUAUUAGACUUCAAGAGCGCUUAGCCAGAGAAGCUGAGGAACGAGCAAGGAAGGAAGCCGAAGAGAAAGCAUGCCAAGAAGAACUACAGAGAAUCAGAGAACCUGAAGCCAAGGUUGUCGCUGAUGCUGUUGUUGCUGCGGCUACUGCUGAGGCUGAGGCAAAAGCUAAAGCCGAUGCUGAAGAAGGAACUCGUAUUACUAAAGAAGCAGCUGCCAAAGCCAACGCUGAUGCACUGACUCAGGGGGAGCACUCCAACUCUGGGUUCGUCCCUCUAGUCUUGAAAACUCUAGAGGAACUACAGAAAGAACAACAGAUAUGCAAGAAAGUAGCUAAAGCACUAAACCAAGGAAGGUCCGGUGAACCAAAAACACAAAAUGAUACCAAUGUCGAAGGACCUUCCGACGCUGGAGAAGUUAAGAAAAAUGAAUAUCCUAAGAAAAAGAAUCAAAAGUGUGACCCCAACUCUCCAACAACUUCUAAACCUCAAAAGAAGAAAAAAUCAAAGACCAUUUCAACACAUACCACUACUCCUCCAAAACCACAGGAAAUCUCGGUUUACAAUGAAAGUUCAGAGGAUACGGAGGAACACCUCAUUAUUUCAAGAAAUAGACCUAGAGCUUCUCCUAAGCCAAGUGUGAAUCAUAAGAAUAAAGGAACUCCCCAAAAACCCAAACCCAAAAACGACACUGCUGCCAUGAUUGCUGGUCCUUCCCAACAAGAAACAUACAAAGAAGAAGAACAUUAA